AUGCCUGAACCUGCUGAGACAAAGAUUAGAUGUAAAGCAAUAAUGGGAAUAAAGAAAGAUGGUGAAAAGUGGGUAGUCAACAAGUUUGUGGUUGGACAUAAUCAUAUUUUGCUUACACCGAGAAGUACUAGUUUCCUUCGUGGACAUGGGGGAGUUAGUAAAGUACAAAAGAAAUUUAUUAUGACCAUGAAUGAGUCUGGUGUACCGACAAGGAAGAUAAUGUCGGUAUUGAGUAAAGAUUCAGGUGGUGACUUUAAUGUCGGUUGUAUUGGGAAGGAUGUAGAAAAUUAUUUGGGAAGUCAAAGGAGAAAAAUAUUUGAAGAGGGUGAUGCACAAAGGUUAUAUUCCUACUUUCUUGAUCGACAAAACAAACAACCUGGGUUUGUGUUCUCUAUGCAAGUUGAUAACGAUGGGUGUAUGGGAAGUUGUUUUUGGGCUGAUGCGAGAUCAAGAGCUGCAUACCAAUAUUUUGGGGAUGUUGUUACAUUUGAUGCCACUUACUUGACCAAUAUUUAUAAGAUGCCAUAUGUGCCAUUUUCUGGAGUUAAUCAUCAUCAUCAGACUAUAAUGUUUGGGUGUGCCUUAUUAGUUAAUGAAACGGCGGAAUCAUAUAUAUGGUUAUUAAGAACAUGGCAAGAGGCAAUGCUUGGCCGUGCUCCCUCAACUAUAAUUACAGAUGAUGACAAGGCAAUGGCUAAGGCAAUUGUUGAGGUACUCCCGAAUACAACUCAUAGGUUGUGUUUGUGGCACAUUUUACAGAAGUUUCCAGAACACUUAGCCUAUGUAUACAACAAAUUUCCAGACUUUCAAAAAGAUUUUCGCCAUUGCAUCCAUGAAACAAUUACUAUUGAUGAGUUCGAGCAGGAAUGGAGUUCAAUUGUGGUGAAGUAUGACCUAGGAGAAAAUACUUGGCUGCAAAAUCUUUACAGCCGACGGGAUAAGUGGGUACCCGCCUACUUGUGUUCGACAUUCUGUGCCGGUAUGUCAACAACUCAGAGGAGUGAAAACAUGAACAAAUUUUUCAAAGAUUAUGUUCGUUCAAGCACUAUGGUUAGUGACUUUGUGCAUCAAUAUGAAAAAGCUAUAGAUACACGUUACUUUAAAGAGAAAGAGAAGGAUGUCCGGACAAAAUCUACCCGAGCAAUAAUGAAGACACCUUUCAAGAUUGAAGAGGAGGCAGCAUUGCUUUAUACAAGAAAAUCUUUCAUGAUCUUCCAAGAUGAGUUGUUUAAUAGUUUACGGUACCAAGCAAGAAGAUUGUCUCUGACUGGUGAGGCGAAGACAUAUGGAGUGACAAUUCAUGGUAAAGAAACACCUCUUUACCAUGUGAUAUUGGAGGGUAGUGGAGAACAUGCUACAUGUACAUGCCAUAUGUGGGAGUUUAUGGGGAUUUUUUGUAGGCAUAUCUUGUGUGUUUUUGACAAAAAAGCGAAGUUAAAUAGAUUGCCAGAGCAUUAUGUUCUAGACAGAUGGACUAUUAAUGCUAAGAGUCGACCCAUUCCCCACAUUCCGUGUUGUGAUGACCAAGUGAGCGUGGAACUAGAUGAGCCUACAAUGAGAAGAAGCAAGUCAAUGAUACAACUUUAUGAUAUUGUAGAACUUGCAUCCCAAUCAGCAGAAAAACAUAAUUAUUUCACACUUGCAUUGGAGAAGGUUCACAAAGAGAUGCUUGCAAUGGAGGAGCAUGUAGAAUGUUCACGAGUAGUGCCGGCCAAUGAUGAUCAAAUAUUAAGAAGCCAAGUUGUAUCGAACUUUUCACAAACGGUGCAAGAUCCUCCGUGGCAGGACGCGGAAACUAAAUGUUUUGAGUCAUACGAGGAGCAGCUGAGGAAGCUUGUAAAUUGGUAUUCGGGUAGCAUCAGGGAACUGUACCGGCAGAUUGUAAUUGGCACUCUAAACUACUGGAUUUUGCCAAUUUGUACUUUUGGUUAA